CAUUUUUAAAAACAUUAAUUUUAUCUUAUUUUCAGAUUGAUAUAUAAUCAAACAGAAAAUAUGCCAAGUAAACAGUAUAUUCUUUCUAUUAUAAGAAACACUUUAUCUGAACAGGAAACACCUCAGAUGACAUGUGUCAUGCCUUUACCACCAGAUUCAAGGAAACAUAUAUCUAGAGAUUGCCAAGAAAUACUUGAAGCAGGCUACAAUAAGAGUGGAAUUUACAGAAUCCAACCAGAAUUUGCAGUUCGGCCAUUUUUUGUAUAUUGUGAUAUGGAAACUGAAGGUGGUGGAUGGACAGUAUUUCAAAGAAGAAGUGAUGGAAGUGUGGAUUUUUUGAGAAAUUGGAUAGACUAUAAACAUGGAUUUGGAAAUACUGAAGGAGAAUAUUGGCUUGGUAAUUUGGUGUUUUAAUUAUUAUUAAUUCUUUAUUUUUUUUGAUAACUGAUGCUAUUAAUUCACCUGUUGCAAAAUUAUCAGAAUACAGUGAUACAUAAUCUUACUAACAUGUCAGAUUAUUAUUAUUGAAAUAUAAUAAAUAUUUUAUUUGAAAAUG